AUGGUGAUUCCUUCAAACCUCGAAAGCCUCUUCUUCCCUUCAGAAUCCGCUCUGUUCCAACGUUAAUAAGAGCCACUUCAUCGUCAUCCUCUUCUUCUCCCGCAACCAUUGCCGAACCUGAAGGCAUUAAGGUUUUCUUUCCAUUCUCUCUUCGCACUUUUUCUUUUGUUUUUUCUGAAGAUUAAUUCAAUUCCAACCAAACCAAUCGAAGGGCAAAAGACCGGUACCAGUGGACUUCGAAAAAAGGUAUUUGGCAUGUUUAUAACUCGCCACACUUGGCAAUCGCAUCUAUAGGCACUGUUUAAUUCCUUGCCUCCAGAGGAUUACAAGAAUGGUGUAUUGGUGUUGGGAGGUGAUGGUCGAUACUUCAACCGGGAAGCUGCGCAGAUUAUAAUCAAAAUUGCUGCCGGGAAUGGUGUCGGAAAAAUUUUGGUUGGACAGGAAGGUAUAUUGUCAACACCAGCUGUUUCUGCUGUGAUAAGGAAGCAGAAGGCAAAUGGUGGAUUUAUUAUGAGUGCUAGCCAUAAUCCUGGAGGGCCGGAAUAUGAUUGGGGUAUUAAGUUUAAUUACAGUAGUGGACAGCCUGCUCCGGAAUCCAUCACUGACAAGAUUUAUGGAAACACACUAUCUAUAUCUGAGAUAAAGAUCGCUGACAUUCCUGAUGUUGACUUAUCAAAAACUGGGGUUACAAAGUUUGGAAGCUUCAGUGUUGAAGUAAUAGACCCUGUGUCUGACUAUUUGGAGCUACUGGAGAGUGUAUUUGAUUUUCAGCUAAUAAGGAGUCUUAUAUCAAGGCCAGAUUUUAGGUUUACAUUUGAUGCAAUGCAUGCAGUUACUGGCGCUUAUGCCAAACCUAUUUUUGUUGAUAAACUUGGUGCAAGUCCGGAUUCAAUCGCAAAUGGAAUCCCUUUGGAAGAUUUUGGACAUGGUCAUCCUGAUCCUAAUCUAACAUAUGCAAAGGAUCUUGUCAACAUUUUGUAUGCUGAAAAUGGUCCUGAUUUUGGAGCUGCUAGUGAUGGUGAUGGUGAUAGAAAUAUGAUUUUAGGAAGAUGUUUCUUCGUAACUCCUUCAGAUUCUGUAGCAGUUAUUGCAGCCAAUGCAAGAGAAGCAAUUCCAUACUUCAAGGAUGGUGUUAAGGGUCUUGCUAGAUCAAUGCCAACAAGUGGUGCUCUAGAUCGUGUUGCAGAGAAAUUGAACCUUCCCUUUUUUGAGGUCCCCACUGGUUGGAAAUUUUUUGGGAAUCUUAUGGAUGCUGGGAAGUUAUCAGUUUGCGGGGAAGAGAGUUUUGGAACAGGCUCUGACCACAUUCGUGAGAAGGAUGGCAUCUGGGCUGUUUUAGCUUGGCUUUCUAUUAUUGCGCACCGCAACAAAGACAAGAAGGCAGGGGAGAAACUGAUCUCUGUGGCUGAUGUUGUGAAGGAACACUGGGCAACUUAUGGAAGAAAUUUCUUUUCUAGAUAUGACUAUGAGGAAUGUGAAUCUGAAGGUGCCAAUAAAAUGGUAGCAUACCUACGAGAGACUGCAUCAAAGAGCAAGACUGGUGAUAAGUAUGGAAGCUAUGUCCUCCAAUUUGCAGAUGACUUCACAUACACUGAUCCUGUAGACGGAAGCGUGGUAUCAAAACAAGGCGUUCGGUUUGUUUUUACUGAUGGCUCGAGGAUUAUAUAUCGUUUAUCAGGAACUGGUUCUGCAGGUGCAACUGUUAGAGUUUACAUUGAACAGUUUGAACCUGAUGCCUCCAAACAUGACCUUGAUGCUCAAGUUGCCUUAAAACCAUUAAUAGAUUUAGCACUAUCUCUGUCAAAGCUCAAAGACUUCACAGGGAGGGAGAAGCCUACAGUGAUCACAUAAUGUACUUUAUGUUAAUUGUAAUAAUGCAUAUGAAGGUUGGUUGUCAAAUUCAGUUUUGGUUACUCAAAUAUGGAGGAUUAUUUAUGUACCAAAAUAAUGUAUUGUAGUGACAAUAAUUUUGUGCUCUGCAAAAGGAGCUGAUCUUUUUAAAAUUAGAAAAUUAUAUGGUACAAAUCUAAAUCUGUACAGA